AUGAGGCAUGAUGAGGCCUUGAUUGCCUUGGCGUGGGCUUCAUUCGGCGCCGGAAGUCCGAGUGCGGACCUAACACCAGAGGUUGGAAUUGAGCUGGCUGCAGCUGAAAGAGCCAAGCCGGCGGCUCCUCCGCAACGAGCAAAGAUCCCCAUCUUCCUCAAUAUGGGAAAGCCUCCUGUAGCGGAGGGUGCAUCGGCAGCAUCGACACCACUUGUUGCACCACUAUUGAGCCGUGCACAUCGCAUCUGGGGGAAUGAAACCCCAGAAUCCCGCGUCAGAGUGUUGAUGGACUUGUCUUUGUGCGGACGCCAAGAAGGCCACCUCCAUCGUCGGGCUCGGGCGCAGUCGCAGAGGCAGGUCGACUUGUCUUCGGAGUGUCACAGAAGGAGGCCGACGGUCGAACGUCUUGUCAUCUGCCGUGGCCUCAUCAUAGCGCUGCAACCCCACUAA